UGAAGGAGGCUGCAGUUGGUUCUCUCUGAUACGCUCCACCAAGGAGGGCCUGUGUGAGGAGAAAAUGCACCUGCUGCUGCCGUUCCUCCUCCUCGUGCGGCCUGCAGGCUCAUUUGCCAUCACGGGCCCAAGAGAAGAGCGAGGCGUGGUGGGGAACUCAUUGACUGUGCAGUGUCGAUACAACCGUGGAUGGGAGACGUAUGUGAAGUGGUGGUGCCGAGGAGCUGCCUGGAGCAGCUGCAAGAUUCUUGUUGAAACCACUGGAUCAGAGAAGGAGGUGAAGAAGGACCGUGUGUCCAUCAGGGACACCUGGAAAAAUCGCUCAUUCACUGUGACCAUGAAGGAGCUCAGCCUAAGCGAUGCAGACACUUACUGGUGUGGGAUUGAGAGAGUCGGAACUGACCUGGGGACCCAAGUUAAAGUGACUGUUGACCCAGCACCAACUACAGUGCCGACCACCACUCCCACCACCUCCACUAUCCACACGUCCACAGCGCCGGUCAAAUCAGAAGAGACCAGUGGCUGCUCGGAUGUGACCAGCUCCUGCUCCAACAGCAGCAGUGUCUUCCUGAGGCUCAAAGUCCUCCUUCCCCUCAUCUUUGCUGUGUUGCUGCUUCUCUUGAUGGUGGCCUCACUUGUGGUUUGGAGCAAGGUGAAGCGACAGAAGAAAGCUGCUGAGAAAUCCCCAGAGCAGGUGCUUCAGCCCCUGGAGAGCGACAUCUGCUACGCCAACCUGAGCCUGCAGCAGAUUGAGAACUCCUCCGGCUCCUCCCGGAAGAAGGCUUCCGCGAAGUCCUCCUCCUCUGCCCAGGUCAGCUCGGGGGAAGUGGAGUAUGUCACCAUGGCUCCCUUUCCCACGGAGGACAUUGCCUACGCAGCUCUGUCUUUGGCCACCUCGAAUCAGGAGCCAACCUAUAGCAACAUGGGGCACCUCGUCACUCACCUUCCCAGCAGGAGCCAGGAGGAGCCCACGGAAUACAGCACCAUCAAGACCACUUAGGCUGUGCUCCAGGGGCCCCUCUCUGAUCCACUUGAGGCCUCUGAGUAUAUUCCUGCUUUGUCUGCUUUCUGCCCAACCCCCUCCAGUCCCCUCGUGGGACCAGCCAGUGACUGAGGCCUCUGCCUGAUGCAGCCAGCAUCACAGCCAGCUAUGGUGUGGACUCGGGACCUAGUCUCUGGGGGCUUCUGGGAGUUAGACAGGGGUCUUUCCACAUCCCUUUCUCUCCCAUACAGCUUUGGAGGGGGCUAGGGAUACACUCUGGAGCUGCUGAGGGAAUAAUCGCGAUGAUAUCAUGACAGUGAUAGUAAUUCACCUUUAUUUAUUGCAUACUGUGAGUGGUGGACUAAGUAAUGGUCCCCAAAGAUGUCCAAAUCCCCAGAACCCAAGAACGUCACCUUCUAUGGUAUCAGGGGCUGUGCAGAUGUAACAGAGUCGAGGAUUUGGGGCUGGGGAGAUUAUUCUGGAUUAUGCAGCUGGUCCUAAUAUAAGCACAAGCGUCCUUACAGGCGAGUGGCAAGAAGGUCACAGAGGAGAAGAUGGGGUGAUGGUGGCAUCGAGGUUGGGGGGAUGCGGCCGGGACCCACGGGAUGCUGCAGCCUCCAGGAGAUGAAACGGCAGGAAGGGAUCCUCCCCUGAGCCCCCAGAAGGAACCAGCCCGGCCAACACCUUGACUUUAGCCCAGUGAAACUGAUUUCAUACUUCUGGCCUCCAGAAUUUUAGGAGAAUAAAUUUGUAUCAUUUUAAUGA